UCGCGGGCGCCCCUCAGCGAGCGGCGGGGCCCGGGCCCCCUGCUCGCGGCGCCUCCCGCCGCUCUCCGAUGGGCACCGACCCCUUACGUGGGAGCGGCCCCUUCAGGACGCCGUGAGGGCGCAAUGGGGGCUUGCGGGCAGCAGGCAGUCUCCUUCUCUCCAGAUACACAGAAAGCAAUAAAUCACUACCAGACCUCAGAUCGGAAGAGAACCAGUAACAGUUACCAGCCAGAAGCAAAUCCUAUUUUGAGAUCCAACAUAUUUCAGUGCAUUCCUCUGAGGGUACUUUCUUGCUCAGAUUCUGAAGGUGUAUGCUUGCACAUCAUUGCCACUAAUAAAGCUGCUGGUGGAACUUAACCAAGAAUCCUGUUGAUUCAGGAGCCAGUAAAGAAAUUCCCAGAACUAUGUUGUUUCUGCAAGGCAUUUGAGGUCAUCUGCCAAGCUAUCAGUGGAGAUGGAGUAAAGCACCUUUAAGCCUUUGCUAACGCGGUGCUCAGCUGUGACUCAGAGGGUGCAGAAGGCUUGUGCAGACUAAUGUUCUAGAACUUCACCCAUGUCUCUUGUUCUUGUGACAUGCGCCACCAAGGAAUCGAAUGAUUUAUUUAUGAGGACUGUUCCUUAACUGUCCGCCAGUGGAUCACAAGGCCUCUCAGUGCUUAUGCCUUCAGGCUAACUUGAAACAGUCUCAUUGUCAGCAGUGUGUGGUUGUAUUAGUCCACGUUGCGGUUCAACGUACUUCACACCGUCCACCAUGCCAACCCUACCUGAAGACAAGGAUCAAUCAAAGGUGGCACAACACAACAGUUCUCCACCUGCCAAGGAAUUUGUAAAAUAACAUCUAGUGCCUUGCUGUAUAUCGGUGGGUUUUGAUUAACUGAUGAAGCUAUGAAUGAUCUUUCAGUUGCUCUCUCAGAAUUUUGUGAAAACAUCCGCUACUUCAGCAUCGUUGGAAAAUAUUGUCAGCAGUGAACUCUACACUGAUUUGUCAUGCAUUCCAUCCAAAUUGCACAUUGUGCUGAGUGUUAGUUUCCUGGCUUGAGAUAAACAAGAUGGAUACAAGUUUAUCAGACUUCUAGCUGAGAAGAAACGAAUAAGUCAAGAAGGACACUACUGUUGAAGGAACAACAUGCAGUACACCUUCAAUUGUUCUUCCAGAGAAUGCAGUUAUGCCUGAUGUAGAAAUCGAUAAAAAUCUGGUUAACAGACCUCGUAGUCCUCAUAGAAGACAUUCUAACCGUGCCACUAGGAAUUCAACAAGUUCAUUGACUUCUGUUGACAACAGUGGUCACGUGAUUGAUUUGGUAAAUGAUCAGCUGCCAGAUGUCAGAAUAUCAGAGGAAGACAAAAAGAAGAACCUUGAAUUACUAGAAGAAGCAAAGAAAGUGAGCGAGAGGUUUCUAAUGCGCAGAGGCAGAAAAUCAAGAAGUAGCCUCCCUGAAUCACCCACAGCAGUUUCCCCUACACUUAGUCCGAAAGUUUCACCAGUAGCAUCUCGGAGCAACUCUCUCACUCUUCCUGUUCCAUCAGGAUCUGAUGCACGCGAAACUACUAGCGUCGAGUCAGUAUCACCAGGGCCGAAUAACAGAACUGUGAAAGAAGAUGAGAGGCAAACUGCAGAGAAUGCUGCUAAAGGAUUAACGGAUCGAAGGCCAAAUGAUCAAAGGAAGAUUUCUCAGGGAAGGUUGGUUCCACGUUCUGCUGGUUUUGAAAACUCCAAAGAAAAACUGUCAGAACAAAAAGAAAACUUUGAUCCGCGUAAACAUAUAGAUACUUUGCCCAAAUGCUCCCCUUCAGGCAGUGAUGGUGGCAGAAUGUCUCUUAACACUUGCAUGAAUGUUUGUGAAAAUGAACUUGCAAAAUCAUUCCUCAAGAAAGCAAAAGAAAAUGAUGCUCCUUUAAGAACCUAUUUACCAGGAAUAGGAAAUACAGACCCCAAACUAAAAAUUCCUGUUCCAGAAAUGAGGGACCAUAAAGUUUCUUGUAAACCAGAAUUUAAACUAUGUGGGCUGCGUCCUCCUCUACUACGAGCUGUAUCGUGGGAUAGCUUGGAGCCUGGACAAAAAGAUAAAACACCUUUAAAACUACCAUCUGAGGAAGAAAAAAGCUUUGGUGGUAAUAAAUCCAGCAAUCAAUUUAAAGCAUUCAAAGACCUCCAAAUCCAAGUUCAGCCUGUUCGAAUGCAGAAAUUGACAAAGCUCAGAGAGGAGCAUAUUUUGCUGAGAAAUCAAAAUUUAGUUGGACUUAAACUUCCUGAACUUAGUGAAGCAGCUGAACAGGAAAAAGGCCCUUCACCUCUCCCCUCUCCCACUGAAGAGGAAGAGACAAAGAAUAGCUCUGAUGUCAUGCCCAGCAUUCCUGAUGUAUUGCUGCGAAAACUACGUGUGCACAAAUCUCUUCCAGGAAGCUCCCCUCCGCUUACUGAAAAAGAAGUUGAGAAUGUAUUUGUACAGCUUUCCUUGGCCUUUAGAAAUGAUAGUUAUACCUUGGAAUCUAGAAUUAAUCAAGCAGAGAGAGAGAGAAAUCUUACUGAAGAGAAUGCUGAGAAGGAACUGGAAAACUUUAAGGCAGCCAUUACGUCUUCAGCUCAUUUAUGGCAUCACUAUGAACACAGAGAAGCUUACCAGAAGCUAUUGGAGGAUAUUGCUGUUCUGCGGCGUUUAGCUGCUAGGCUAUCUAGUCGUGCUGAAAUGGUUGGAGCUGUUCGCCAGGAGAAGCGUAUGUCAAAGGCAACAGAGGUAAUGAUGCAGUAUGUGGAAAAUCUAAAAAGAACAUAUGAAAAGGAUCAUGCUGAGCUAAUGGAGUUUAAGAAACUUGCCAAUCAGAAUUCUAGCAGAAGCUAUGGUGCAUCUGAAGAUGGAGUACCUCGUUCAUCUAGAUCCAUGUCUCUUACUGUUGGAAAGAAUAUGCCUCGGAGGCGAGUCAGUGUUGCAGUUGUUCCUAAAUUUAACUCCUUGAACAUUCCUGGUCAGUCACCAACAGCUUCACCUAUACCUUCAAUGCCAUCCCUAUCUGAAUCACCAGGCAAUGGAAGGAGCAAUAUAACAUCUACUCCUGUUCUGCCAGCACUUCUAGAGAAUGGAAAGACUAAUGGAGAGCCUGAUUGUGAAACCUCAACUUCUGCACUAACACAGAGUGGGUUGGAUGAGAUCAAUCCUGAAACUAAAGCCAAGAUAGAAGAGGAAGCAUAUAACAAAGGCUAUCAGGAAGGCUUAAAGAAAACCAAAGAACUUCAGGAGCUGAAGGAAGAAGAUGAAGAGACACCAAAAGAAAGUCAUGAUGAGCAUGAAGAAAGUGAAAAUGAUGAGAUAAAAAAACUGAAAAGCAGCAGACUUGAAGUCAUCAUUAAUUAUUUAUAUAUUCUGUACCCCAAACUGUGUAAACACUGGAAUGUGGUAUGGCUUGUAGUGGCUGCGAUAAUCAUUUUUGCUGUGGUGUUGGGAAUUUACCAUUCAUACAACUCCUGUGACGAAAUAUCAGAGGGACCUGAAGGCAAAGCCAGCUGUUCUGCUGUUCAUCAAUAUUCAUGGUGGAACUCAGGAUUCCAACAUGAGCAACACACUGAAUAAUAAACGAACAACAUGUAUUUAUGAUACCAGAGAAAGCACAGUAUUAGAACACAGUUGUUAAAGGUAGUGCUUAGUCAUCUUUAUGGUUAGUAUAUGUCAUCUGUUGCACAAGUGAAUUAUUUCACCCCAAAGUUUGGGGAUACGUUAUGAACAUAGCUUGCCAAAAUGAUAAUUUGGUAAAGAAUUAUGUUUGUCUUCUUACUGUAAAUGACUGAUGUGAUUAAAGUAAUAUUGAAUCAUGAUAAGGUUGUGGCAGUAAUCAGCAACCAGCAAGGAAAACUUGCACAAGAUGUUGACAUCUCUCCUAUGGUUUUGAAGAAAAAUCAUUAAAACUAUAUUUGCAGUUAGUGCUUUACUUUACAAUUCCUGAAUUUGUGUUUUGGUCAGGUUUUGUUGUCGUUGUUGUUCAAGUAUUAAUGGCAUUUAAUUCCUUCGCAUUUUAAAAGUCUAAUGUUUUUAUUCAUUACAAUUGGGUGGAAAUAGAAGGCCUUCUAUGUCAUGUUAAAAUUAUCAGACCACAUGCCUUGCUGAUACAGUAAUUUCAUAAGAGGAAUUAUCUGUAUGGUUAUUUAAAUGGAAUACUAAGUACCUCUUAUGACAUACUUUAAGAAUGGGACCACCUCUUUUUUUGAGUAGGAUAUACAACAAAACCUAAAAUGAGGUCUAGGUAGUACAGUUGAUAUUGUCCAAUGGAUCUUGGAACUUCUGAGGUAUCACAGACAUGCUUUGUAACAAAUUUUGCUACUUAUCUGAAUAACUGUGUGGUUUAUGCCACUCAGUCACUAAACAUUACAGCAAAAAGUAAUUGUUCAGACAAUUAGAUGUGUUGCUGAAGUCCAAUAUACAUCAGUCUUGGAUAUGGAAAACAUGUCCAAUCCCUCAAAAAAGAAAAAAAAAAUCUUCAAACCUGUCUGUAAUCACAGAUAAGGAUAAUUACAGUAAAUGAACCUAUUGCUAAUAUUAUAAAUGGAUGUCAUUUGAGAUCUGCAGUAGGAACAUAGUUCUGUACACUGCCAAACCAUACAGGUGCCUAUAUGAGUGAGGACAUGAAAGUAGUGAUGACCAUAGAGGUCACUGCAUGUUUUAGUAGUUAAUUUUCAGAAUCUUAUGCCUAGUAUAUAACUACUUUGAUAAACUUUCAAAGCUAAACUACCAGGUCAUGGCAGAUUAAUCUUUGCCCAGAUUUUUCAACAGAUUUUUCAACAGUUUUGCCUGUUUGGGAGUUGUGAGUUGCUACCGAGGAAUAUGAAAACCUGCAAUUUUUAGACAUAAGCAGUUUCAAAAGGGUGAAACCAUUAUCCUAAAAAAGAAAUUCAUGCCUAGGACUGAGACCAAAAUGUAUGUCACUCAAGGUAUACCAUAUGUACCUGUCGAACACCACUUCUGAUUGAAGAUGAACUAUGUUUGUCUUCAAUAGCUGUAUGCUUGAAUCUAACCACAAUAUCAAAAUCAGUGUGGCACUUAAUUGCACUCUUGUGUCUUUAAUUCUUUUGGCAUGUUCUGACUAACAGGUCUGUUUUACGGACAAAUAAGAACAUUAUAAAGUACUGUAAUUUCAGCUCAGAUGCAGAUAAUGUAGGCUUAUUUUCUUUUAGUGUAAACACUGAAACUCAAGCUAACCAUCACAGAAAACAGGUUUCUAAUGCAAUCAGAAAUUUAAUUCAUGUGUCUGGCGCUAGUAACAAAUGUCCUGCUGGUGAAUUUUGGUUUUUGCAUCUCUAGCUACAUCUUUGUUAAAAUAAAAAUACAUGGAGAAAGGAGGGGGGGAAAAAAAAGUAGACCAUUACCAACUUUGGGGGGAAAAGUAAGUAAAUCCAUAAGCAGUUGGUAGAUUUUUUUUUUAAAAUUAUUAUUUUAUUUUGUGUGUGUUUGUGUGUGUAUAUGUAUAUAUACAUUUUUGUUUUGUUUUGAGGAGUAGAGUAGAGCGUUUAAGGAAGUUCAAAAAGGAUAAUGGGAAAGUGUCAUUUGGUCUGAUAUUGUAAUUGCUAAAGAAUAAGACCAAAGAGAGUUUCUUGCAAAUUACUUGGUAUAUGUUUAGAGCAUCUAACUGUUAAGAACUACUGUGACAUUUCAUGUACUUCUAUUAUUUAAAGAAACUUGUCAGUGGCUCUUUCAAUACUUGUUUAUUAGAACCAGCUUCCUUAACUUAAAAAUCUUUAGAAAUAGUGUUGGUAACAUAAUAAGACAAUAAAAAUUCUGGGUAAAUAGUCCUGAAGAUUCAGAAUCUACUAUGCCAAAAAUUAUGGCACAUACUUGAUUGUGAUAGUGGAUAUGUUAGUGUACUGAGGAAAAAUUGUUAACAAUUGAAUUGUCUCUAUUUGAAUUAAUUUGCUCUUAUUCACCUCUGCACUGAUAACUGAUCCAACACCCUAUUUUAAGUACAUGUAGAAAGUUAUUGAUAUCAAUAAGACUCUACAACUGCUUAAUGUUAGGCAUGUGCAAAGUUUCUGUUGGUCAGUGUGUGACCAGGGUCUUCAUUCUCUUUUGGAAUUCUGUACAAGGGCAAAUUUCCGUAAGUAGUUGUACUGAUUAGAACUGAAUUACUUGCAUGUCUAAGGCGAGUGUAAUUUAGCCACAAAGUUAUUAAUUGUUACGGGGUAUGGACAGAAAGAGGCAAGGGAUUUCAAUGGAGAUUAAAAGAUGAAGAUUAAGUUGAUGAAAAUAUAUAUAUAUUUUUGUUAUACCUGCUUGGAGAAAACUGUCCACUAAAAAUAACAGAUCACGGUGACUAACAGCACAUUAAAUAUUUUUGCUUACAUUUUCCAGUUAAUUAAUGAAGACACCUUUUUUGAUAGAAAAUUAGGUUGAGAUCAAAACCUAUUCUAGAUGUAGCUUUAUCUGUUGGAUAUUAAUUUUCUUUAUCUGUUUAAAAAAACAGCAACACGUUUAAAAAAAACAAACUUCUGUGUUCAAAGAUCACAUCAGAUAAGAAGAAAUAGAUUUAUUAUUUAUGCUAUUAAUAUUGAAAUAGUUUUCUUGAGGUGCAAUAUUUAUUUUUUUUUGUUUUAACAAGACACAUUUUAUUGUUUCUCCUGCACAGCACAGAUGUUUCUAGUAAGAGGAAUUUUAAAAGAACACUAUUUUUGUGUAUCAUAUUUAUAUUUGUAGCAUUGUAAGAUUUUGCACCAGUGUGCUGGUAUUGUACUGUAUAGUAUCACAUACUUGAGUUUUGAAAUAAAAGUAUGGUUUCAAAGUC